GCAAAUCUCAAACAGGAAGCUGGAAACGGUGGGAAAAUGUUUUUCUCGGCAUGAAGAAAAACACGACCACAUUGUGUACGAGGUACAAAAGGUAGAGGAAAAUGGGUGGUAAGAGGGAAAGACCCCACCAGAGGAGUGAUGUGUAUGAUGAGUACAGCAGCAGGCACAGAGACGACUCAAACGAUGGGCACCACCAACCCUAUGAUGGCAGGGAUCGCAAAAAGCCAAGAGACAUGGACGAGAGAGGCUCUGCUGGUGACAGGAGGCCGAAACAAAACAGACAGAGGGACGUGACAACUGCCUCUCCCGAGGAGCCUGAUUACAGAGACCACAGCCGUGAAGGGCCCUCAAGACUGUCCAGAGACACUCCGGUCCAUCACUCUGAAGGGGAGUAUUAUGAGCAAGAACACCGACAAGCUCUUUACAAUCUCAAAUACAUCUUAACCAGCAGAGGUCUCUGCCAGCUGAUGGAGCUGUUCCUAAAUCUGCUCGUGGUCAUCUGUGCCGGAGUGCCAUACAGCAACAACGGGGGCUACCGGGACCUGGCCAGCCUCGGUGGAGUCUACUAUUAUCACUUUGGUGGAGCCAACGCCUUCACCGGAGCCGAUGUAGGCAGGGUGAAGGAGCUGGACCGGCUGUUCCACCAGCUCAAGAGGCCUCCCUACGUCUUCACCAUGGCCUGCGGUGGGGUUCUAAUGAUCUACGCAUGUGCCAUGCUGGCCUUGGGGAUUUUCAGGGUCCCUUACCGCUGGCCCCCUGUGCUGCUUGGGGAGGCUCUGCUGAACCUCCUGAUCGGCCUGGGCUACAUCCCCGCGCUGGCCUUCUACUUUAUUAAGCUGCAGGCGACCUACAAUGACCCUAUCUGUACGGAGAGAGCGCAGAUGUACAAAAGCAAAGGGCACAAGGGCUUUGAUUGCCAGCUUCACGGUGCAGAUAUUGCAGUUGGUCUCUUUGGGGUGCUCGGGGUGUUUCUUUUCAUCUUCGGUGCAGUUUUGGCUGUGAGAGCUUUCAGGUCAGUGCGGGAGCUAAAGGAGCAACGGACAAACGAGGACAACAAUUUCUAAGACUUUCCAAUGUUAAAGUUGAAGACAAACUAUGAAUUGUUUACUUAUGUUACAUUUAUGAAAUCACAAUCGCAAAUAUGAUCAAAAGUGGGAUUGAUGAGAAAUCCCUGUGACAAGACGACACAAGUUUUGUCAUGCACGUUGUUGUUAUUAUGCAUUCACUCUAGUGUGAUUGUUUUUUGUUUUUUUAAUCCACUUUGUAUACUAUGAAAAAGUUUCUGUUUUCUACAACUUUUCCAGUUUACAUCCCUGUGUACUGUCUGUUACAUCUUCUCUAAACGCGUAGCUAUAAUAAACUACUCCAAUAGCAAG